CUUUGGAAAUGCGAACAUCUGGCUAUAUGUUCAGCGAACAUGGCCAUCACAUCCAUUGGAGUCAAUUCCUACAUUCAAUCACAUCAUCAAUCAUCCACCAUGAGUACCUCCCUCCAGCCCAUCAAAGUCUACGGCGGUUUCGGCCCCAACCCGAUGAAAAUCUCCAUCAUCCUCGCCGAACUCAACCUCCCCAUCGAGCCCAUCCCCAUUGAAUUCAAUGAAGUCAAACAACCCGCCUACGAAGCCAUCAACCCCAACGGCCGACUGCCCGCCAUCGAGGAUCCCAACACAGGCCUCACCCUCUGGGAAUCCGGCGCCAUCAUCGAGUACCUGAUCGAAACCUACGACACCACCCACAAACUCAGCUUCCCUGCCGGAUCUCACGAGGCGCAUCAGGCCCGCCAAUGGCUCCAUUACCAGAUGUCGGGCCAGGGGCCGUACUAUGGCCAGGCGGUGUGGUUUGCGCGGUAUCAUCCUGAGCGCGUCCCGAGUGCCGUGGAGCGCUAUGUGAAUGAGAUUAAGCGGGUCUCGAAGGUGCUGGAUACGUGGUUGGCGACGCGGGAGUGGUUGGUUGGGGAGAAGAUGUCCUAUGUUGAUUUGGCGUUUGUGCCGUGGCAAAAUGGGGCGCGGAAGAUGUUGGUCGAGGAGGGCUUUGAUCAGAGCCAGUAUCCGCAUUUGACGCGCUGGUUGGAGAGGAUGAAUGAGCGGCCCACGGUGAGGGAGUUGACGGCGAAGCAGGAUGCGAUCAUGGCGGAGAAGUCGAAGAGUAUGGCGGCGGCGCAGAAGAAGUAGAUCCGGUUAGAGAAAUGGAAUAGAGUUAGGGUUGCAUACAGAGGGGAGGAUUAGUAGCAUGUGAUGUCACCUUCCUUUCCCUAAUGUACGAUAUAAACCAGGAGCCAGGUCACCAUGGCCCUAGCUUGAACAAGAGUCUGCGGGUGGUUGGCGAAGGUGAGGCGGGGAAUGAGGCAACAAGUUGGCGGGAGUAUCUGGAGAACCUGCUGUGCUGGCGAUGGACACUCAUUGAGGGCGA